AUGAUGAUACACCGACAAGGACCCAAGCAGUGGGGAAAUACGAUGGAACGGCUAUCAAGAUGCAACAGAGAACAGCAUCACGACCAGCUCGCCUUACAUUACCUGGGGCAGUCACCUAUUGCAAAGACCUCUCUCUCAGUCCACUCACGUAUCCCUCCGACAGGAGCCAAGCUAGCUAGAUCAACAGAUAUCACACCGCAUAUCCACCAGCUGGAUAUCUCCAUCAUGGAAGGGAGUGGGUGUAAAUAUGGAGAAGGUGGUAGGACGCAAACUAUAAUUCCAAUCUCAAAUUAUGGGUCAUUAGAUGUUUUGAAGCUGUCCAUUAGCUUCGAUAUCUGA